UGAACAUUUUUUCUUCAAGCCCUUGAAAAGUUUGAAGUAGACCGUUCUCUGCCACUUUUUCAACUAUCACUAUGGCUCCUUGCUUCAUCCUGAAGAGGAUCCUAAUGGUCCUAUUUACAAGUCUCUCAGUAUCAGGCUCUCCAGUGAGAGGAGUGGUGGGUCAGAAUGUCACUUUGCCCUGUAAAUACCGAGUUAAUCACCAAAAUGACGUCACAACAAUGUGCUGGGGCCGGGGCAGCUGUCCUCCUUCUCUGUGUUCUCAGACAAUUCUCUGGACAGAUGGACGGAGGGUAACAGAGUGUCAGUCCAGCAGAUACCGGUUAGAAGGGAAUCUCGCUCAGGGGGAUGUGUCCCUCACCAUAGUGAAUGUGGCAGAAGCAGAUGGAGGGACGUACUGCUGCCGUGUGGAGAUCCCUGGUUGGUUCAAUGAUCAGCUGAACAAUCUGGAAGUUGUGAUUGAGAAAGCUAGGACCUCCACUGCAGACCCUCACCCUUACACACCAAAACACACCUCAGCUGCUGCGAAUGCCAGUGACACAUCUUCCGCCAUCACCCCACAAUGGCCAUUGGUUUUGAGUUCAGAAGCCCCUGAGGAUGUUUCAGUACAGACUAUGCUGACAUCAAUCCAUCAGCAAAUGGAGCCAGAAUCCACACGGGCAGGGGUGCAUGUUGGAAUCAGCAUUUUUGUGGUACUUCUAGUCAUCCUGGUUUUGGCCCUAAUUAUAUCCAAAAGGUAUUUCCCCAACAGACAGAAGCUGAAGACUUUGGCAAGCUCAGUCUCAUUUUCCAACCCAGAACAUGGAGGCCUCCAGAGCACGUUGGAAGCUGGGGACCAUGCAGAAGAGAAUAUUUAUACGAUGAGCUAAGGAAUGAUUGGAUGCUUCCCUGUAGCAACUCUGUGGCUUUCGCCAGUUACUAAAAAACUAGCACAGUUUAUACAGAACUCAGAACGAUAUGUUCUACUAACCACUUCUAACCCUUGUUUGAUACAACUGAGGACACUGAAGAGGGGUGCUCCUGGUGGAGGGCACAUGGACUUACAAACUGUUAGUGGCAUCACUCCAGUAAAGCAAGAAGUGUCUACAAAUUCGAGGCUAAGACUUUGCCAGUCUAUUGCAGACCCAAGACUCCCACCGUUUAGUGUCAUUCUCAGAAUCCAUUCACCAAAUGGGAACGAUAUGCAUAUUACAUUUGUUAUCAGAUGCAAAUUGCCACUUCUGAU